UAGCCAGCCAGCCAGCCGCUGCCGUUCUCUCUCUUAUUAGUACGCCCCCACCCUCUCCCUCUCCCACAGUCCCACGACACCAACAGCCGAGCCAACAGCAACAGCCCAGCUAAGCCCAGCUCGCCCACCACCAGACGUACCACGUACAGAGCUAGCAGCACCAUCCAUGGCCGCGGAGGAGCCCAAGAAGGUGGAGGUGGAGGCGGCGCCGGAGCCGGAGGCCGCACAGCCAGCCGUCCCGGCCGCGGAGCCCGAGGCCCCCGCCAAGGACGUCACCGAGGAGAAGGCCGUCAUCCCCGCGCCCGAGCCGGCCGCCGAGGAGGAGAAGCCCCCCGCCGAUGACUCCAAGGCCCUCGUCGUCGUCGAGAAGGUUGCAGAUGAACCUGUUGCUGAGAAACCCACAGACGAGAAGGCUGCACACGGCGGCUCAAAUGACAGAGACCUCGCUCUUGCAAGGGUGGAAAGUGAGAAGAGGAACUCUUUAAUUAAAGCAUGGGAGGAGAAUGAGAAGACAAAGGCUGAGAACAAGGCUACUAAAAAGGUAUCUGCUAUUCUCUCAUGGGAGAACACCAAGAAAGCAAACAUAGAAGCUCAACUGAAGAAGAUUGAGGAGCAAUUGGAAAAGAAGAAGGCGGAAUACGCAGAGAAGAUGAAGAACAAGGCUGCAAUGAUCCACAAGGAGGCCGAAGAGAAGAGAGCGAUGGUCGAGGCAAAGAAAGGGGAGGAACUCCUCAAGGCCGAGGAGAUGGCCGCCAAGUACCGCGCCACCGGCCACUCUCCCAAGAAAGUCAUGGGAUGCUUCGGGGCCUGAAGCAAAAAACGUUCCUAGUUCGCAAAUGGAGCAAGAGUGAAUGAAGUGUUCAUCCGUGGUUGCUUGCUUGCUUCCUUGUUUCUUUCAUCCCUCCCAAGUGUGUAGUGUGCCUUGUGUGUAAAGUCUGCCGUCUCUGUAUAUACACAUUGCUCCCAGGACAGGUGCUCGGUUGUGUACAUCUUUGAUGCUUGACAAGCAACAUUCUUAUGUGUAGUUAAGAAAGCCACAUUUGUUAUUAUUGUUGACAUUAAAGCAGUCGUUUUUUGGUCU